AUGGUGAAUGUAAGUAGUAGUCAGGAUAGGCGGUCUGUUUAUUCAGAAAUCUUUGGAAUCGAGAGAAAAUCGAACUCCUUGACACUUGAUCUCAUUUACGAUCGUGAGAACGACUACAACAAUAAACAAGAAUCCUAUGAAGCGAGGCUUCCUGACAAAAUUGAGGACAUUGAACAGCUUAACGAGGUACUGUCUGAAGAGAUUUUCAAUGAUUUCUUGCCGGAGACUGAAGACGUCUUAGAGAAAGAGGGUUACAUUCUUCCUUACAAGACCCACAUCCGAAGAGUAUCUGACACACCGAGCUUGCUCAGUGGGGAGCACACACCACAAGGCAGCCCAAAAAGAAGCUCAUCCUCAAAGGCUCCUUUCUCGCCCACAAUUCAUGAAAAGACGGUGUAUACUCACCAAAAAUCGGCACUCCAACCGACCGUACCGAAGACUACGGGUCUCUCUGAUGCGCGCUUAGCAAAUGCGACCGUUUCGGUGAACUCAGACUCUUCUUGUCAAGCCAAGAAAGAGGAUAAAACAAAAACUGAACAGACGCCAAGGAGAACACCGUCGCUACCUCAACUGUCUAUUUCGGGUCUGAAAAAGCAAUCGAGCUUUUCUCAUUCCAAUGGUGGCACUCCAACUAUGAAAAAAUCACCUUUACAGGGAUUUGGAUUUUUCUCGCGGCCCAGCUCUCGAGAUUUACAGGAGCAGCAACAGCAUCCUAAUCAUUAUAAUCAACAGCAGCAUCCUCAACAGAACCAGUACGCUGUUGAUUCGCAUCAUUUCCAGCAGCAGCAAUUUCAACAGGCACCAAUAGCUGGCAAUUCAUCGAGGACUAUGUCAAUAAACUCGAGCACCCUCAAAAAUUUUGCUUCCUCACUUCAAUCGAAGACUACAAGUGGAAGAAAGAUCCCCCAAAAGUAUGACACGUUUUCUAAUACGUUUUCGGAGCAUCAUAAUCAUCAUCCUUCUGGUUAUCCUCAGGCAGCGAACACAGCUGGGCUAUCAAGUUAUGGAAACUACACUUUAGGCAAUAAACAAAGUUCCUCAAGUUUAGGCUUAGGUUUAAAGUCGAGAAACUCAUCGGCAUCACUCUCUUCAAAGAGAUUUACUUCUGCAUCUGGUGCCUCUUUACUUUAUGAGCAUCGAAAUAGUGGUUCAAUACCAUCUUCUAAACCUAUAGUGAGUGCUUCCAAUAAAAAGCCUCAAGUAUAUCCUGCAUUGUUAUCUAGGGUUGCCACAAAAUUCAAAAGUUCUAUAGAAGUGGGUGACCAUAAAAAAGAUGGUCUGAUUUAUCGUGAUGCAUUCACUGGUCAUCAAGCUGUUGAUGUUAUAUGCUCAAUCAUUAGAACAUCUGAUCGUAACCUUGCAUUAUUAUUGGGUAGAUCAUUGGAUGCUCAAAAGUUAUUUCAUGACGUGAUAUACGAGCACAGACUGCGGGAUUCUCCCCAUGAAGUUUAUGAAUUUACUGACAGCUCAAGAGUUAUUGGUACUGGUACCACAGGUGUUGUUGCGGUUAAUUCGCGGGAUCCCCUCAUGCUAUUGCCAAGCUCUUCACAGGUGAAUUCAAUCCCAUAUUCGGGAUCAACUAUCGUCAAUUCUGGUUCCGCAUCCUCCUUGAAAAGUGACCAGACCACGUCACAGGAUAGUAAAGUCACUCAAAAUCCUGCUUCGAUACAUAAUGUCAAUGGUGUCUUUACUUUGUUGGUUGAAUGUUAUUCCCCGACCUGCACUAGAGAUCGACUGUGCUAUUCAAUUUCUUGUCCUCGAAGACUGGAACAGCAGGCAAGAUUGAAUCUGAAACCUAACGGCGGUUUGAAGCGAAACAUAUCAAUGGCGUUAGAUGAAGAAGAGGAGGAAAAACCAUCUUGGACUAGCUCUGUCUCGAAAGAAAUUUGGGAAAACUUGCCUAAAAGCGAGAUCAAGAGACAAGAAACAAUUUAUGAAGUCUUCAUCACUGAAAAGAAUUUUGUUAAGUCUUUGGAAAUCACAAGAGAUACAUUCAUGAAGACGUUAGCUGAAACGAAUAUAAUUCCUGCUGAUAUUAGGAAAAAUUUCAUCAAGCAUGUAUUUGCCCAUAUUAAUGACAUUUAUUCUGUUAAUAGACGAUUUCUGGAGGCUCUAGCAGAUAGACAAAAAAGCUCACCGGUCGUCAAAGGUAUUGGUGAUAUCAUCCUCAGAUUUAUACCUUUUUUUGAACCUUUUGUCUCCUAUGUUGCUUCAAGACCAUACGCCAAAUACCUUAUUGAGACUCAAAGAUCGGUCAAUCCGUAUUUUGCUAGAUUUGACGACGACAUGAUGAGCUCUUCGCUAAGGCACGGUAUUGAUUCAUUUUUGUCCCAAGGUGUCUCGAGACCUGGUCGUUAUAUGCUUUUAGUGAGGGAAAUACUGAAAUCUUCAGAUGCCGAAAAAGAGAAAAGGGAUCAUGAAAAUUUAACAAAAGCCAUGGAGGCAUUACAUGAUUUUAUGAAAAGAAUAGACAGAGCAAGUGGUGCAGCACAAGAUAGACAUGAUGUGAAGCUAUUGAAACAAAAGAUACUUUUCAAGAAUGAAUACGUAAAUCUGGGUUUGAAUGAUGAAAAACGUAAGAUCAAACAUGAAGGGGUUCUAUCAAGGAAAGAACUCAGUAAAUCUGAUGGCUCAGUGGUUGGAGAUAUUCAGUUUUAUCUAUUGGACAAUAUGCUAUUGUUUUUGAAAGCAAAAGCAGUAAAUAAAUGGCAUCAGCAUAAGGUGUUCCAAAGACCCAUACCGUUACCACUGUUGUUUGUUUGUCCAUCGGAGGACAUGCCGUCAUCGAGAAAAUUCAUUGGUACUAAACCAGAUUGUUUCGCUGGAGUUUUACAGCCUGAACAUGCACAGAUUAAUUCAAAGAAUGCUAUGACGUUCCUAUAUUAUGGUGCUAAGCAAAAAUACCAGGUCACGUUGUAUGCAGCACAGGUGGCUGGUUUACAAACUCUAUUAGAGAAGAUUAAACAAGAGCAGGGCAGAAUAAUCAGUGAAACUAACAUGCUCAAUGUUAUCAAGAUCAGUGACAAAUUUUUUGAUUAUACAAACAAGAUUAAUAGCGUUGCGUCCUGUGACGGUGGGCGUAAACUUUUAAUUGCGACGAAUUCCGGCUUAUACAUGAGUAAUAUCAAAAGACAGAAGAAUAAGGAAACUGGGAAAAGAACUACAUAUUUCUCUACCCCUGUUCAAUUAGUACAAAGGAAUAACAUUUCACAGGUGGCAGUGUUAGAUGAAUUUCAGUCUAUUCUUUUGCUGGUAGAUAAGAAACUGUACAGAGUUCCAUUAGCAUUACUAGCAGUUGAAAGUAACGGAACUAGUUUUUUCAAGAAGCACAGCAAAGAGUUGGUCAAUCACGUCAACUUUUUCGCGGAAGGCGAUUGUAAUGGUAAGAGAUUAGUUGUUACAGCUCACAGUUCAUCUCAUUCAGUCAAAUAUUUUGAACAUGAUCAUCCGUUAUUGUCAGAAAGGAAUGGUGGUGGCAAAAAUGGAAAGAGAAAAAUCACUGAAGUCAUUUUCGAUUCUGAGCCAGUUUCGAUUUCAUUUUUAAAAGCUAAUCUAUGUGUUGGUUGUAAAAAAGGGUUUCAAAUCGUUGGUGUGUCACAAAACGCUCAUGAAUCACUAUUAGAUCCAGCUGAUACAUCUCUGGAAUUUGCUUUAAGAGAUACAUUGAAGCCCAUGGCCAUCUAUCGCGUUGGGGACACCUUUUUACUUUGCUAUACAGAAUUUGCAUUUUUCGUAAACACCCAGGGUUGGAGAAAAAGAGAUUCUCAUAUCAUUCAUUGGGAGGGGGAGCCACAAAAGUUUGCAAUUUGGUAUCCAUACAUCUUGGCCUUUGAUAAUAACUUCAUUGAAAUUAGAAAAAUUGAUAGUGGCGAACUAGUAAACUGUGUUCUUGGUGAGAAGAUACGUUUACUACAAACAAGCUCUCAAGAAAUACUCUAUGUAUACGAAGAUUCACGGGGGUACGAUACAGUGGCAUCCAUAGACUUUUGGGGCUAA